AUGGGUCUCUUAACCGAAGGCAUACCACUUUCGUGGCCAGAAACUAAAGCUCUAGCCGAACACGUACGUCGUCACGGCAUUGAACAGUUUAUCAAUCAUUAUCAUCGUCUAAAGGAUCGCAGUGGUGACAGCCUCAAAUGGGGCGAUGAAAUCGAAUAUAUUCUUGUGAAAUUCGAUGAACAACAAAAGAAGGCGCGCGUUGUCUUGAAAGCUCAAAAGCUGCUGGAUAUCCUUAAUGAAAAAGAAGAAACAAAUCCACAUGCCUGUAAGGCUUUGUGGCGUCCUGAAUUUGGCGCCUAUAUGAUUGAAGGUACUCCGGGUAAACCAUUUGAAGGGUUCCUAACACAUUUCACAAUGUUGGAGGCAAAUAUGCGCCAUCGCCGUGAAGAAAUCACCGAUCUGUUGGAACGGGAUGAAUGUAUUUUGUCAAUGACAAAUUUUCCCCGUUUGGGUUGUGAAGAUUUUACAUAUCCCUCGUAUAGACCACAACCAAAUAAUCCACAAUCGCAAACAAUGUCUAAAUAUUAUCCGGAUGAGACAACAUUUAGUGGUCAUCCUCGUUUCAGCACAGCUUCUAGGAAUACCAGAUUACGUCGUGGUGAAAAGGUGGACAUACGAGUUAAGGUGUUUAGAGACAGAUUUACUAAAAUCCCCGUUGAAGGAAGUCCCAUUGAUGAACCGGAUGUUGUGCAACUAGAUGCCACUGGUUUGGGUAUGGGUUGUGGUUGUUUGCAGACCACCUUCCAGGCAUCUGACAUGCAUCAGGGUCGCGUAUUAUAUGAUCAAUUGGCCACAAUGUGUCCCAUAAUGUUGGCACUGACUGCAGCAUCACCCAUUUACCGAGGUUAUUUAACAGAAACUGAUUGUCGUUGGAGUGUUAUAAGUGCAUCGGUUGAUUGUCGUACACCGGAAGAAAAAUCCUUUAUACCCAAAUCUCGGUGUGAUUCGAUAAGUUCAUAUCUGUCGGCAGAGGGCGCCAAAUAUAACGAUAUACCAUUGCCUUACAAUCAAAGAGACUAUGAACAUUUGCGUCAAGGUGGAGUGGACCAUUUAAUGGCCCAACAUAUAGCUCACCUGUUUGUGCGUGAUACGAUUUGUUUGCUCAGCGAAAAAGUCCAUCAGAAUGACGAGGAGGAUACCGAUCAUUUUGAGAAUAUACAAUCGACAAAUUGGCAAACAAUGCGUUUCAAGCCACCGCCACCAAAUUCCUCUAUUGGAUGGAGAGUCGAAUUCCGUCCUUGCGAUGUGCAAAUAAGUGAUUUUGAAAAUGCUGCCAUUGUAUGUUUUAUCAUCUUGCUGACACGUGUCAUAUUGGCAUAUGAUUUGAAUUUCCUGUUGCCGAUUAGUCGUGUCGAUGAGAAUAUGAAGACGGCACAAAAGCGUGACGCUUGCCGAAAGGAGAAAUUCUAUUUCCGUCGUAAUAUUUUCAAUGCUAGCGUAAAUACGGAAAGUAGUAGCGACAGCAGCAGCAAUGGUGAUGAGGAGGAGAAUGGUUUCCAGACAAAUGGUUAUCACAAGGAGACGGAGGAAGAAGAAGAGGAUGAUGAAUAUGAAUUAAUGACGUUGUGUGAAAUUUUCAAUGGAAAGUCCAACACAUGUCCCGGUUUGAUACCAUUAAUAUUUGAUUAUUUGAAAACAAUGGACAUUGAUAGCAAUACCUAUGGAACCAUAGAAAAAUAUCUCAAAUAUUUACAAAAGAGAGCUUCGGGUGAGAUUUUAACUGACGCCCAAUGGAUAAGAGAACAAGUUUUGAAACAUCCAGAGUACAAACAUGAUUCCAUUGUGAGUGAACGCAUCACUUAUGAUCUAUUGAAACGGAUUCAGGAAAUUCAAAAUGGAAAAUUUACUGAACAAAUUUUAAAAUCUGGUUAAUGCACA